ACCCCUGGAAACAAAAAGAGAGGGGCCGAAAAAAAAAAAAAAGCUGUAAUCUUUUCCCUGGAAUAACGCUUCCUUGGAUUUCCCGGGAAAAUUAACAGCCGGGGAACCACUCGUACGCAUCUGGUUCGGGAGUCUGAGAGAGUUGAAUUCAAGGGGUUCAGCUUCCUUGCUCUGGCCCCUAUGGACGAAUCUACCGGCCAAUCACUGCUAGGAAUUCCUCCGUCCUCGACUGCUCCGCUCAAUUCACAUUCUGACAUGUCGUCUAGAGCUUCUUUUUCCCUUGACAACCUAACCCCCUCUCGUCAUGUCGACCGUAUGAUAAACUCCAACCACUAUAAAUCACCUUCCAGGACAAUCUACUCUGACAGGUUCAUACCCAGCAGAUCUGCUUCUAAAUUCGCUCUCUUUGAUAUAUCGACACCGACAAAUUCACCGGCAGAGGGACGGGAAGACAGUUCCAGCGCCUACACUAACCUUUUGCGGACUGCGUUAUUUGGACCUGAUGCCGGAGUCAUAUCUCCGGUUACUCCUGAGAAAAGGAGCUCACUUAUGAACCCACCGAACAGAAAUAUAUUUCGUUACAAAACCGAGACUCGCCAGUCUAUGCACUCUCUUUCGCCGUUUAUGUUCGAUGAUGAUGUGGUGCCGGGUGCCAGUCCCUGCCCUGUUAAGGCUCCUCGGAAGGUUCCCCGGUCGCCUUAUAAAGUUCUGGAUGCUCCUGCGCUGCAAGACGAUUUUUAUCUGAACCUUGUGGAUUGGUCUUCGCACAAUGUCUUGGCUGUGGGGUUGGGUAACUGUGUUUAUUUGUGGAAUGCCUGUAGUAGCAAGGUGACUAAAUUAUGUGACUUGGGGAUUGAUGAUAGCGUUUGCUCAGUUGGCUGGGCUCAUCAUGGUACACAUCUUGCGGUUGGAAGUAGCAAUGGUAAAGUCCAGAUAUGGGAUGCUUCUCGAUGCAAGAGGAUAAGAAUUAUGGAGGGUCAUCGUCUACGUGUCGGGGCCUUGGCCUGGAGUUCUUCUCUUUUGUCUUCUGGGGGCCGAGAUAAGAAUAUUUAUCAACGAGAUACACGUGCACAAGAAGACUAUGUCAGUAAAUUAUCAGGGCACAAGUCUGAGGUUUGUGGACUGAAGUGGUCUUAUGAUAAUCGAGAGUUAGCAUCUGGGGGAAAUGACAACAGAUUGUUUGUCUGGAAUGCACACUCAACCCAUCCUGUCCUCAAGUACUGUGAGCACACAGCAGCUGUCAAAGCUAUUGCAUGGUCUCCUCAUCUUCAUGGACUUCUUGCAUCGGGUGGGGGAACUGCUGAUCGGUGUAUUCGUUUCUGGAAUACGACAACAAACUCACAUUUAAGCUGUAUGGACACUGGAAGUCAGGUUUGCAACCUUGUUUGGUCCAAAAAUGUCAAUGAACUGGUAAGCACCCACGGCUACUCCCAGAACCAGAUAAUAGUUUGGAGAUACCCUUCCAUGUCAAAGCUGGCAACUCUAACGGGCCACACAUAUAGAGUUCUUUAUCUCGCCAUCUCUCCUGAUGGGCAGACAAUUGUCACUGGAGCUGGAGAUGAAACACUCAGGUUCUGGAAUGUAUUUCCGUCUCCUAAAUCUCAGAAUACUGACAGUGAGAUUGGCGCAUCGUCCCUCGGAAGAACUAUUAUUAGGUAGCUCUCCCGUGGCAUAUUUCCAAGUUCAAACUUUCAGUAACUGCAGAGUCAUACUUCAAAACAGCGUUGUCGUGCAACUUGCAAGACGUAGAGAGAUCUGCCUGACUAAUUUGAAAGACUGACAGGGAUCUAAAAGCCGCAAUGUAGUCGCAAAUGAUAGAUGUCUCAACCAAAGUACCAGUCCCAUAAGUUUCAUAUUAUCUUAUUCAAAGGGAAAAUAAAGUGAAAAGAAAUCCGCCUUAGAUUGCAGAUGUGAUGAGGGAAUAAUGGUCAACUUUGUUAUUCCUAUAGUUUUUUAAUUCUUUCUAGCAAUGCUUCCUUGCAUUGUAUAUUUAAAGUAGUUAAAUAGAGCUGGCCAAAAAAAAAAGGGUAGCCAAAUAGAGAAGAGACCUUGGCACAUCUGCAACAUCCAAAAGUUAUGUAUAUAAUUAUUUCCUUUUGGGUUGAUAUGUCUUGCCAUAAA